AUGGCGUCGAGAGCGAAGCCAUUGGGCGGAGCAGCAAACCCACUGCCGUCGUACAUUCUUCCUAGACGGGCGCCUUUCCACGUGGAGGUGCAUUGGCUAUACGUUUCCGGCCCAUUGUUUUUGCGCGCGUCUGCUGCCGUCGCCUGGGGGGCCUGUGAUGGGAUUGGUGCCGGUCCAGCCAACAGCGCGCGACAGACUGCGCAGGCACACACACACAUGGCUGCUGUCACUGCUGGUCUUGUACCCACCUGCAAUACUGUUGGUGGUGGUGGUAAUAGCAGCGGUAAUGGUGGUGGUGGUGGAAGCAUGCAUAUACAUGUCACUUUGUCCUUGUGCUGUGCAGUCACGUCAAAUCAAGGCUGGGUGCAGUGGGUGCCGCCCGCCUUGCCAAAGGGCCUUUCCCGGCGGCCUGGUUUGACCAGCUGGCGGAACAAGAGAAGAACAAGGAACCGGGGACGACUCCGCGGUCGAUCCGACUCUGGGUUCGUCUGGAUAAUGGCAGGCCCCGUGCUGGCGCUGGAAGGCUGA